CAAUGCUGUGGGCGGUCGCUUGUUCGCUACAUUGUAGCCGCCGGGUUAUAUUGUAUCGAGAAGGCGAGCCCGAGUCCGACCUGACCUGCACCGGAGGAUGUCUGGUAGAGGUAAGACCGGUGGCAAGGUACGGGCUAAAGCCAAGUCCCGAUCUUCUCGGGCCGGCUUGCAGUUCCCAGUAGGCCGUGUCCACCGCCUGUUACGGAAGGGCAACUACGCCGAGCGAGUGGGAGCUGGGGCGCCGGUCUACCUGGCGGCCGUGCUCGAGUACCUGUCGGCGGAGAUUCUGGAGCUGGCCGGUAAUGCAGCUCGGGACAAUAAGAAGACCAGGAUCAUCCCUCGCCACCUCCAGCUGGCCAUCAGGAAUGACGAGGAGCUCAAUAAGCUGCUGGGAGGGGUGACCAUCGCGCAGGGAGGCGUGCUCCCCAACAUCCAGGCCGUGCUGCUCCCGAAGAAAACGCAGGGGAAACUGCCUGCCGUGACCCCGAGGGUAGCGAGAGGACACGAUAUGUGAAAGAUCAACUUGUCUAUUUUUCUGAAUUUAAAUGCAAUGUUUCAUUUGAUUUAUUAUCUGUUUUAGUUGACAUGGGGAUUAUGAGAUGCAACUUUAGAUGUAGCGCUUUAAUGACAUUGGGCACUUUUUAUUUAUUGUGGGGGAAUAACUACAAUAAAUUUAUUGAACGUUUGA